CCGCAUCCACCGCCCCCAAAUCAAUAUUCAUCAUGGUCCGAGGCUCUGACAUCCUCCUCAUCGUCGUCGCUAUCCUCUUCCCGCCCGCAGCCGCUGCAUUCAUCACCGGCUGCAGCUGUGACCUUCUCAUCAACAUCCUGCUCACCCUUCUUGGAUACCUCCCAGGCCAUCUCCAUGCCUUCUAUCUGAUAUACAAGAAGAUGCAAGCCGAGGAGCGUUACGGCCGUGGCGGCUACAUCUACGUCGGAAACGGUGAAUACCAGCCUGCCCCUGGCUACGCCCAGCCGGGCAUCGUGCCCCCUGGCCAACCUAACUACGGCGCCACCGGUGGCAACUACGUCCACUAAAUGCCUACCGACUACCACGGCUUCCGAACUAUCUUGUUACCCCCAGGGACGAUGUUCAUAAUGCCCCUUAUUCCUCGUU